AUGGCCUCGAACGACUCUGUGACCGAUGCCUCGGAGCCUUACGCGGCUCAUGAAUACCCUCCGGAGUUCGUGGUUGAUUAUAGCAAUAAGAAGCAUAUCGAUCAAUUUACCCAGGUCUUAAAUGCCCCGCCGAGUGCACCAGACGUAUUUAUCAGUGCCGAGAGCGACUGGAAACCUAUACGGCAGCGGGUCGGUAAACGGAGAAGAAAGUCGAGGAAGGACGAAACUAGAGAAGGUUAUUCGUAUGCACUAUUCAGCUGGCCUUUACUGCUGCUCGUGUUUGGAUGGAUUCUCUUUUUAGGUUUCUUAUACUUCCUGACGAGAAUCUACAUCUGGUUGUACGAGCAUUUCAUUACACACCGCGGAAAACGUCAAAGGCUGCGCUUGGCCCUUCGAAAAUCCCGAAAUUAUGAUGAAUGGAAGGUUGCAGCCCAGGAGUUAGACCACUACCUUGGUGCCGAUGAGUGGAGAGAGACGGAUGAGUUUAGUUAUUAUGACUAUAUCACAAUCCGACGGGUUCUGACCGAGCUCCAAGACUUCCGGCUACGAGCGAAGCGGGACGACGACGCCAUCGAAGGGUUGGCGGCCUUGGUUAGAGCAUGUGUCAAAAAUGACUUUGCUGGUAUCGAGAAUCCAAGGCUUUAUAGUCAAACAUACUAUGGAACGAAAAAUCUUCUACAGGACUACUACGAUGAGUUGGAAAGGUGCUUACGCGUUCUCGUUGAUUCCGACCAGCUAACAUCAGACGAAAAACGAAAGCUAUUUAAACAUCUAUCUAAGAACCUCGGCCGAACAGCUCUUUGUCUCUCGGGGGGAGCAUGUUUUGCAUACUAUCAUUUUGGUGUUUUACGUGCUCACCUCGACGCUGGCGUCAUCCCUAGUAUUAUCACAGGAACUUCUGGGGGCGGACUCGUAGCGGCUUUAGUUGGAACCCGAACCGAUGAGGAGCUCAAGAUCGUUAUCCGUCCGGAACUCGCCGACAAGAUUACAGCAUGCCAUGAUAGCAUGGCGGUAUGGAUGACUCGGUGGUGGAAAACGGGGGCUAGAUUUGACUCCGUUGAUUGGGCCAGUCGGGCCUUAUGGUUUACUAGGGGCAGCAUGACCUUCCGAGAGGCAUACGAACGGACAGGCCGAACUCUCAAUAUCUCUUGUGUCCCGUCAAACCCGAACAGCCCGAGUAUCCUCCUAAAUCACAUUACAGCCCCCGAUUGUGUCAUCUGGACUGCAUUGUUGGCUUCGGCUGCGGUUCCUGGUAUUCUGAACCCCGUUGUUCUCAUGAUGAAAACAAAGAAUGACGAUUUAAUACCCUACUCCUUCGGUCACAAAUGGAAGGACGGCAGUAUUCGUACCGACAUUCCCAUUCAAGCCCUGAACCUACACUUCAACGUAAACUUUCCGAUCGUCUCACAAGUCAACCCGCAUAUCACACUUUUCUUCUUCUCCUCUCGCGGUACCGUCGGCCGACCGGUAUCUCACCGUAAAGGCCGCGGUUGGCGUGGGGGAUUUCUGGGGAGUGCGACAGAGCAAUACUUGAAACUCGAUUUGAAUAAGUGGCUUAAAGUCCUCAGACAUCUCGAGCUUCUUCCCCGUCCGUUAGGUACCGACUGGAGUAACCUAUUUCUUCAACGAUUCUACGGCCGGGUCAAUAUUCUUCCGCGUACGAAGCUUAUUGACUAUUACUACAUCCUCUCUGACCCUUCGAGGGAACGAUUAUCAUGGAUGAUUAAGUCAGGAGAACAUGCUACAUAUCCUAAAUUGAAAUUUAUUAGGAACAGAUGGAAGAUUGAGAAGCUAGUGGAAGAAGGUCGGAGGAAACAUAAGGGUAAAGGAGCGGAAUUGGAGGCCAUCUUGAGUUCAGAGGAUAUAGCAAGUCUUCUGAAACAAAGGAAAGGCGGUAGCGGAUCUAUCAGCAAGAGGAACUCCAGGCGAAUAUCUACGGAUCUAUCGAAUAUCACUGGCGCUGCUGCCGGAGGAGCUAGAGAUUCCAUCAACCUUCCAAAUGGUAAUGGAGAAAGUACUUCACCAAUUACUACUGGAUCCGGAGCGACAAGUCCAAAUACUCAACGGUUCAGCUGGUUUAAGAAUAACCUAUGGCCUGGAAGUAUUAACGACGUUUUGGCGAGUCCGAAGAAUACGGAAUUCAGAAGGCGCAGCGUGAUGAGUUUGAAGGGGUUAAGUAGAUCGCGGAAUGGAAGUCAGGAAACAGUAAGAGCUGUGCUUGAGGGUGCUGCCGGUGGGGCUAAUGGUGGCUUAUUUACGGCGAGCCCUGCACAGGUGGAUAGUGGGAUGAGCGAGGGAGAAGAUGAGGGAAGAUAUUUUGGAGCGGCCGGAGGGGAGUUUGGAGGGUACGAGGAUCUUACUAGCGCCAUUAAUACAGAGGACAGCGCGAGUGGAAGUGAUGGAGAUGUCUUUAGUGGAAGUGAGGAAAGGGAUGGAUCUGAAGAGUACGAUGACAAUGGGUUGGAGAUGGCUGGGGGACCGGUACGGCGAAGGCAAGGGGGUGGCAGUAGUGAGGAAGAAGUUGACGAGGUUGGUGGUCGGCCAGGUAAGGUAGAAUUUUUCAGCGCUGGGCCAUCUUGA